GCCUUUGCGUUCAACAGCCACAUUUCAAACUAGAAUGGCGACCGCUGUCUGCGGUCUUCAGUCCACCGGCAGUAACAGUAAACCAGCCAAGACCCACCGAGAGAGCCGGAGGAAAGCCAGGGACUCCCGACGACGGCAGGCGGCUCUGCUGUUCCUCAACAACAUCUCACUUGACGGACGACCACAGGGUCAACUCUGCGAUGGAAAUAGCGACCAAAACGCCGCCGAGGAGCUCCGACUCAGGGACAGCGACGGCGGCACAACGGUCGCGCCCCCGCCAGCGGAUAGCCAAGGGCCGGUCGCCCAGGUGACAGACCCCGCUGCGGCUCUUGGAAGCGGCUCGUCCUUCAGUUUCCCUGGGGUGGUCAGUCCUGCCCGACCUUCUUUGGUAACGUCUCCGGGACCGGCCGGGGCAAGUGCUGUAGGAGCCAACGAGGUAUUUUUGGAGAGUGGCAGUGCGGCCGAGACGCUAACCCCGGACACCCCUCUGUCUCCGAUCCCCGCCGGACACCAGCCCUGCUCCCGUAUCAGGUCAACGCCCGCCGCUCUCAGCCCGGUCCCGGCCGGGAAUUCUCUGGAUUCACGGCAGAGAUUAAGGAACGUCUCCGGUUCUCCGGGACCCAAGGUGCCAAAGAAAGUCCACUUCAUCAAGAGUAUGAGGCAGUAUGAUACCAGGGGAUGUAGGAUCAUGCUGAUUUGUGCCAAGCGGUCGCUAUAUGCUGCUUUCUCAGUGCUGCCCUAUGGAGAGAGUGCUCAUCUCAGUGACCCUAAACUGGAGGCUCAGAGACAAAGACUGUCCUCUGUGGGGGCUGCUGACCUGCUUCCUUCCCUGGAAGGUGUGGAGCUGGGCGCCUUUGGCAAGACGGUGUCCUAUGCUCAGUUCCUUUAUCCGACCAAUGCCUUGGUGAGGCAGAAGAGUGGCGGAGCUCCGGAGAACUGCACAGCUCAGAUCCCUCUGUCACGUUUCCGUGGCAACGGGCAGAGGAACUUCACCCCUGCUCGUCUAAACAACAGCGUGGCGCAGGACCCAUAUAUAGAGGAGGUGGCAGAGUACGACCCCAACCUGCUCAGUGACCCUCAGUGGCCCUGUGGGAGACACAAGAGGGUUCUUAUAUUUGCUUCAUACGUGACGACUGUUAUUGAGUAUGUGAAGCCGUCUGACCUGAAGAAGGACAUGAAUGAGACUUUCAAGGAGAAGUUUCCUCACAUUAAGCUGACGUUGAGCAAGAUAAGAAGUCUGAAGAGGGAGAUGAGGGCCGUGAGCGAGGAGUGCGGCCUCCAGCCGGUCACCAUAGCGAUGGCUUUUGUUUACUUCGAGAAGCUGGUGCUGCAGGGGCGUCUCAACAAGCAGAACAGGAAACUGGUGGCGGCAGCAUGCGUGCUGCUGGCUGCAAAGAUCAGCAGUGAUCUGCGGAAGCCAGAAGUCAAACAGCUCAUAGAUAAGCUGGAGGAGCGUUUCCGUAUAAACAGACGGGAGCUGAUUCCUCUGGAGUUCCCGGUGCUGGUUGCCUUGGAGAUGGGACUUUACCUCCCCGAGAGCAAGGUCAUGCCGCACUACCGCAGGCUGGUGCAACAGGGUUAGACUGGAGGUAGUGAGACCGGUGGUUGGACCAGUUUAUAAGCUGUGGUGUUUGAAACAAAUAAUUCUGGUACUAUUUAUUUUCACUGUAAAUGAGCUAGUUUACACUCGUUGGCAGACACGUUAGACUUGUUGGCAUGUGUGCAUCUGUCCGAAUGUCUUUUUGUACGCGUGACGUUCUGAUGUCGAUUCAGUCAUGAGCUCUAUGUUAGAGACGUUCAAUGAGCACGUUAAUUGUGCUUUUACUUUUGCUCCUCAUGACCCAUUUUUUAGUACGUCGCAGUAUUCUUAACUUCUAUUUAAAUGAAACGUAAACUGUGAUGUAUGUGUUUGUGAAAAAACUCCUCACCUGCACCUUACUAUACAUCCUGUAUAGUAUUUAUAGUUACAAAGAACCAUACUGUUCGUACUUUUAAACCCACUGUGACACUGAAGCAUUUUAGCCUUUAGACUGAUACUGUAGAUUAUGGGUGGAAAUCAUGUUUAGAGAAGGAAGUGGCCUUUAAUUUGUUUAUGUUCAUUCAAUAUUUAUAUUGUUUGUCUCACAAUAAUACAGCCAAAUCCGUAUUUAUCUUGAAUAGUGAGAAAAUAUUCGACUCUCGUGGCAGCUCUGUGGUCUGGCGUUGUUGUUGGUUGUGCUAAAAUACAACCACUGUGGUGUCACAUGUAAAGAGCCAGCAAAGAAAAGGAGGAGAUGGAGGUAUAUUAUUUAUAGUAAAUGUGUUUUUUUUAUGUUUCAUGUCAUUACCCAGGGACAUGUUUUGUAAAAAGCACUGAAGUUUAUUCCUUAAUAGUCCAGCCCGUUGUCACAUUUUUCAGUUCUCAGGAAUUUUGCUUUUACAUAUCUUUAAGUAAGUCAUUAAAUGUAACCCAAAGAAGUUACUGUAGCUAUCACCUGUGCUCCAUCGUAAGUCAGCAGAAGAUAACUGAUUGUUGUGUUGUGCUUUGUGACUGUAAAAUACAUGAUUGGAUGUAUGAGUUGCCUCUGCAACUGCCAGACAGUGGUAACUCUUCAGAUUUGGAUGCUAACAGGUGCACAAGUAUAGAAAAAAGUGCCUAAAACCUCAGUGGCAAAGAAAUGGUCAUAUCAUAAGUAAUAUUUAACAUUGACAUUUCUUCGUCUCGCUGCAGUUGAUCUUGAAAUGUUGUUCUUGUCUAGGUAAGAUAAUCAGAAAUGUCUUACAGUUGUGCACAUGAUGGUGGUUCAGUUUGUUGUGUGUAUCUGAUGUGGUGACAAAUAUUUUAAAAGUAAACGUCCAAAUAAACGAUCUGUGUAACAGCAGAAAAUGUAUGGUUGGUGUCAAAAUGGGACUUUCAGACAGAACAUGACAGUUGCACCGCUGCGCUCCGAAACCUAUUAUUUAUGCAGUUUGUCAGCCACAGUUUAAUGUCAACGUUCAAAUGAAUAGAACUUUGACUCCUGCCCGCUGAGGUGGAUAUAAGGGUGGAUUCUAGCCUGGUACAGGAGGGACAACGAAGGAAAAGCUAAUUAUGUGUGUCUGAAUUCCCUAAAUUUAAUGGCACAAGUUUGUAUUAGGCAUGUUAAUUAUCAGUUGGUAGUUAUUAAUUACCAUUAAUAAUUUAACUGAUUAAAAAGAUAUUAACCGACCAUGCAGAAAACAAGCAACAUGCAUGUCAAAAUGUAUUGUUGACUUUCUGUAGUCCCUGGUUACACCACCAGGUGGAGCCUCUUACUGUUUGCUGGGAUGGAGUUACAGGUGUGUUUGCUGACCUUCUGUACGGCCCAUAAAACAAGCACACCUCCCUGCUGGCUAACUGCUAAAGUUGUGUUGAUAAAUUCUUGUGCAUGAAGUUGUUGUCCUGUUUACCUCUUUAGCUAGCUAAUGCUAAGCUAGGAUUUUUGAAUGCUAACAAACCAGGAGCUGGUUGUCAGUCAGCAGGGAGCAACUGAACUGUUACUACAUGCUUCCAUCAACAUCAAAUUUUAUUGUUAAGUUUCUACGAUUUAAAAACUGUCUAAUCAACAUAAGAAAAACACCCAUUAUGUGUUAUUAUUUUCAUUGAUUAAUCAGUUAUUGUUGUCAACAUAGCUGGUGAGAUGAUGAUAGGUAAAAAAACUGCAUCCUCAGUCCUCUGAGACAACACUGUGUAGGAGUGCAGCCAAUGUUGUGUCUGAAAGCCCCCAAAUUAAAAGUAUAUAUGUGUUGUGUAUUCAUACUGUACUGUACAAUGAAUGUUUUUGAAAUAUAUUUUAAGACACUGAACAGUAAAGAGUUUGAUUUUU